UGGUAACGGAAAGGGGCGGGGCGUCGUUCCCGAGCAGCCGCCUCAUGCUUCUGCCGGCCGCUGGGGGCAGCAGAGCGGGACUCGAGCGCAGGCCGAGCGGGAGAUGGCUGAUUCUGAUCCUGGGGAAAGAAACUACGACAACAUGCUGAAAAUGCUAUCAGACCUGAAUAAGGACUUGGAGAAGCUAUUGGAAGAGAUGGAGAAAAUCUCAGUGCAGGCCACCUGGAUGGCCUACGACAUGGUGGUGAUACGCACAAACCCCACGCUGGCCGAGUCCAUGCGCCGGCUGGAGGACGCCUUCCUCAACUGCAAGGAGGAGAUGGAGAAGAACUGGCAGGAGCUGCUCAAUGAGACCAAGCGCAAGCAGUAGGCCCCGCUGCCCAGCCCGGGCCACCCACCCCAGCUGCCACGCCACCACGGCCUGUGCGGAGGAGCCACUGGGGGAUGGAGCUGGUACCCGGAUACACAGCCGUGUGCACCGUACUUGUUUCUCAAUAAACUUAUUUUCAAGCACAACCCAA